UUAUAGUCGACUACAUUGGUUCAACAUAUGACCAAGUUAAAUACUCACCUCCUGCGACGCCAAUAAAAUUGAAUUCGAUUUAUUGAACGAUCAAAGAGAUUGGAACAAUGGAGACCAAGCCAGAUUCGCCAGCAACAACAACGAAUCCACCGCCAACAGCAGAAGCUGCUAAAGAGACCAGCAGUGCCGCAGGCGCCGUUGCAGUCAAUAGCAAUGCACAAACGCCAUCAACUUCAGCGCCAACAGCAGCAACCACAGCCCCGGCACCAGUUUCAGCCAAUAAUUCCAGUUCCAGUACAGGAACAGCAGCGUCAUCAUCUGCACCAGCAUCGGUUACGACAGCCAGCACUGCACAGCAGCCGCCGCCGGCUAAAAGGCCAAGCGCGCCAACAGUGACGCGGGCCGAUCCCAGCGCUCUGCCUACACGCCAAUAUCUCGAUCAGACAGUCGCGCCCGUCUUGCUUCACGGUCUGCAGGCAUUGGCCCGCGAGCGGCCCACCGACCCCAUACAAUUUCUAGCCUCGUACUUGCUGAAGCACAGCAACGGCUGCGAAGAGCCGGUGGCCACCGAAGCCAGUACUUAGAUGUAGUGUCUCGUCUUUGUUCCCAACGUUGCCCCGUUGCCCUAGCUUUGUAAGUGAAAGUCCCUAAUCAAUGUUUAAAAUUACAAAUACAAAUAUAUAAUAAUAAUAAA